AUGGGCAAAUCUCUUUAUCUACGUCAAGACGAAAUUCAAGCUAAACUCAAAUCAAGGGAGUCUACAGCAAGAAUUGACUCACUUAAAAAUUCAGAAAAUGAACAGAUAAAUACUGAUGUAGACAUGGCUAACAUAGGAGCAAAAUACUACAAAGAGCUUUAUCAAGAAAGAACCAGCAACAAAGAAAUCCACAUUGAGCUACUAUCAAAAUUCUAUAAAAAUCGCAUCAACACACUAAUGCCAAUAUUAUUAAAGCUAUUUAAUCAUCAGUCUAAACAAAUAGAAUUGAUCCAAAAUACAAUAUGA